CGAUUGGGCGUGGCUCAAAUUUUUGUGUAAUUAUUUUGCUGCUUGUGCUUGCUGCUAUAAUCGUCUCUUGAGUUUGUCCCUUACUAUUCCUCUCUUUGUCUUUAUCGAAGAAGAUGCCAAAGUACUUAGAGACUCAAGCAGAUUUUGAUGAGGCCUUGAAGAACGCUGGGGAUAAAGUGGUUGUGAUUGAUUUCACUGCCUCGUGGUGUGGACCCUGCCAGAUGAUCGGCCCAAAAUUUGAAGCAAUGUCCCAGGAAUUUACCAGCUUAGACUUUUACAAGGUCGACGUUGAUAAAAAUGACGAGACUGCCGAAAGGCAAGGCAUCCAGGCUAUGCCAACUUUCCAGUUUUUCAAGAAUGGGAAGAAGAUUGAUGAUAUGAGAGGAGCCAAUGAAGCAAAGCUUAGAGAAAUGAUACAAAAGUAUGCUAAGUAAAGGCAAUCCGAGAACUUUAUAAUGAACUUAUAGUCUUGUAGUUUUUGGAGCUUUUUGUUUUGUAGUAGAUCAUUAGUAAAAAGAGCUGUUUUGCAAAGUUUAAUAUAA